GACGAAAGCCCUGUGUCGUCUCGUGCCAGUGUGCCACGGCGCGAGCUCCCGCCGCCUCGCCCGCCGCCCAGACCCUUCUCCACCUCCAUCUCCACCCCCACCUCGCCCUCCCUCGCAGUCGCCGACGCCAGUACUCCCCUCAGCCGCCGGCGUGGAUUCGCCGAGCCGAGCAGAGCCCACGCGGAGAACCGCUCGCGAGUCGCGACGGCCUUGCCGCCUGCCUCGCCCCCACGACGCUCCCCGCCGCCUAUCGAGGUUAAUGAUUGAUUUGCCUGCUCUGCUCGAUUUAUGGAUAAUCGGAGAGGAGCCGGGAGGGGAUCAGUGCGUUGAUCGACCUAGAGGUUUGACUACAAAGUUUCCUUUGUCGCUGAAUACUGCAAGCAGUUGUGCUAAAGAUGCUUAAGAACAUCUUGAGCCAAUCGUGGAGGAGAGGGGCACACACACUACAAGAAGGAAAUUCAGUACUGGCACUAUAUACUUGUUGGAGUCGAUUUCAUAGUGGGCAGAUCUUAAGCUCUUCCAGGAGCUUCUUUGGCGUAGAGGACUUUGUUGAUGAAGACAACAGUAGACCAUACACAUACAAGAAGGAGAAAAGAUCGAAGAACCCACACAAGCACAUUUCUUUCAAGCAGCGCACCAUCGCAUACAUGGAGCCUUUCACACUCGACGUCUUCAUUUCCAAGCGCUUUGUCUCGGCAUCCCUCACCCACCGUUCGACAUGCAGGCAGGUCGCAGUUGCUGGGACCAAUUCGAAGGACAUCAAAGCGGCUCUCCAAUCAAGGUCCGACAUACCAGCCUGCUUGGCCGUGGGCCGUUUCCUGGCAGAGAGAGCGAAGGAGGCCGAUGUCUACACCUGCACGUACACGCCGAGGGAACGGGACAAGUUUGAAGGGAAGAUAAGGGCGGUUGUUCAGUCGCUGAUUGACAAUGGGAUCAAUGUGAAACUUUAUCUUGAUUGAGUUUAUGUUGCAUGACUAACUCUUUUGGUACUUGCUAAUGGGUAAUCUAUUGCAUCCGUUCUGCAAUCAUGGCCGUCAUCGUGAUCCUGGUAUGAUAUGCUAGUGUGUUCUAGUGCCCAGAAGCUAUACUUCUCACUUAGUUGUGUGCUGUGAUCGGCCACAAGCUGAGGCAACUUGUAUGACUAGACUAUGGAGACACCUUGAGAAGGAUUCGACACCUGUGCUUGCUCAUAUAUUUGGUA